AUGUGUCCAACUGCAUCUUCAACUACAAAACCACCAUCUUUGGUGGAAGAAUUAAAGGCAAAGGCUGCUGCUGCUACCACUGCUACCACUGCUGCUGAACAAGCCAAGAAGGAAAGAGAAUAUGAACAUUUAACCUCAGUAAACGUCGUCAAGCAAGCCCCCAUCACUCACAGAUUACAAGCCGACUUGGCCUCUCAUUAUUCUCCUCAUGUACAAGAUCUACAAGAAUAUCAAAAGAUGUACAAGCAAUCCCUGGAGGAUCCUGCUACAUUCUUUGGAGGUAAGGCUAAACAAUUCUUGAACUGGUUCAAAGAUUUCGAUCAAGUUUACAUCCCUGAUCCUCAAACUGGAUUACCAUCUUUUGAAAAUAAUGCAUGGUUCUUAAAUGGUCAAUUGAAUGCCUGCUACAAUUGUGUUGAUAGACACGCUUUAUCUAAUCCAAAUAAAGUAGCUUUAAUCUACGAGGCUGACGAACCAGGUCAAGGUUACAAGGUCACCUACAAAGAAUUAUUGGAACAAGUCUCACAAUUGGCUCAAGUUUUGAAAUAUUCCAUGGGUGUCCAAAAGGGUGACACAGUUGCCGUCUAUAUGCCUAUGAUCCCUCAAACAAUCGUUACUUUAUUGGCAAUUACUCGUAUCGGUGCUGUCCAUUCUGUCGUCUUUGCUGGGUUCUCUUCUAAUUCCUUGAGAGAUAGAAUUAAUAACGCUGAUUCUAAAGUCGUCAUUACCACCGAUGAAUCUAGUAGAGGUAGUAAAAUUAUUGAAACAAAGAGAAUUGUGGAUGAUGCCCUAAGAGAAACUCCAAACGUGAAACAUGUCUUGGUUUACAAACGUACCAAAAAUCCUAAAGUUCAUUUCGAACCAAAUAGAGAUUUAGAUUGGACCACUGAAAUGAUGAAAUAUAAGACUUAUUACCCAUGUGAACCAGUAGACUCUGAACACCCAUUGUUUCUAUUGUACACCUCAGGUUCCACUGGUACUCCCAAGGGGUUGCAACAUUCCACAGCUGGUUACUUGUUGGGAUGUCUAUUGACAAUGAGAUACACUUUUGAUACUCAUCAAGCUGAUGUGUUUUUCACUGCAGGUGAUGUCGGUUGGAUUACUGGUCAUUCCUACGUUGUUUAUGGACCUUUACUUUACGGUUGUACUUCAGUCAUCUUUGAAGGUACCCCAACAUAUCCAAACCAUUCUCGUUAUUGGGAUAUCAUUGAUGAAUACAAUGUAACUCAAUUCUACGUGGCACCAACUGCCCUAAGAUUGUUGAAGAGAGCAGGUAAUUCCCAUCUAGAAAACAAUUCAUUGAAGUCAUUACGUUGUUUGGGGUCUGUCGGUGAACCAAUCGCUGCUGAAGUUUGGGAAUGGUACUCUGAACAAGUCGGUAAGAAUGAAAUUCCUGUCAUUGACACUUAUUGGCAAACUGAAUCAGGUUCCCACUUGGUGACACCAUUAGCUGGUGGGUGCACUCCAAUGAAACCAGGAUCUGCUUCAUUCCCAUUCUUCGGUAUUGAAACAGUGAUAUUAGAUCCAAACACUGGUGAAGAAAUUAAAGAUGAUCAUGCUGAAGGUGUUUUGGCAGUCAAGAGGGCAUGGCCUUCAUUUGCAAGAACUAUCUGGCAAAAUCAUGACAGGUAUCUCGAUACUUAUUUGAAUCCAUUUAAGGGCUAUUACUUCACAGGUGAUGGUGCCGCUAGAGACAAGGAUGGUUACAUUUGGAUUCUUGGAAGAGUGGAUGAUGUUGUUAAUGUUUCUGGUCAUCGUUUAUCUACAGCGGAGAUUGAAGCUGCCAUUAUUGAAGAUAAUACUGUGGCUGAAUGUGCUGUUGUUGGGUUCAAUGAUGAUUUGACAGGUCAAGCUGUUGCUGCAUUUGUUGUUCUUAAGAAUAAAUCAUGUUGGGCAAAUGCAUCGGAGGAAGAAUUAGUGGAAAUUAAGAAACACUUGGUUUUGACUGUAAGGAAAGAUAUUGGUCCAUUUGCUGCACCAAAAUUGAUUAUCUUAGUGGAUGAUUUACCAAAGACAAGAUCUGGGAAGAUUAUGAGAAGAAUCUUGAGAAAGAUUUUGGCUGGUGAAGCUGAUCAAUUGGGUGAUGUUACAACUUUGUCAAACCCAGAUAUCGUCAGACAUUUAAUUGAUUCUGUCAAAUUGUAA